UCCUUCUACCACUCGUAGCAGCUAGUCCAGCACCAUUACAACCAUCACCAUCACUAUCACCACCGCCGUCGGUUGCUAUAACUCUUUGGGUUGUCUUUUGUUGAACAGAAAAGAAUGGUGACCGUCGAGGAAGUUCGUAAGGCUCAACGUGCUGAAGGGCCAGCCACCGUGUUGGCGAUCGGCACAUCAACUCCACCAAAUUGUGUUGAUCAGAGCACAUACCCUGAUUACUAUUUCCGUAUCACAAACAGUGAGCACAAGACUGAGCUGAAAGAGAAAUUCAAGCGCAUGUGUGAAAAAUCCAUGAUCAAGAAGCGUUACAUGUACCUAACAGAAGAGAUUCUGAAAGAAAAUCCCAAUGUAUGUGCAUAUAUGGCACCUUCGCUGGAUGCUAGGCAGGACAUGGUGGUGGUUGAGGUACCAAAGCUAGGGAAAGAAGCAGCCACCAGGGCCAUUAAGGAAUGGGGCCAGCCCAAGUCCAAGAUUACCCACCUUGUCUUUUGCACCACUAGUGGUGUGGACAUGCCAGGGGCUGACUACCAGCUCACCAAGCUUUUGGGCCUACGUCCAUCUGUUAAGCGCCUCAUGAUGUACCAACAAGGUUGCUUCGCCGGUGGCACGGUACUCCGGGUGGCCAAGGACUUGGCUGAGAACAACAAGGGUGCCCGUGUUCUCGUCGUCUGCUCGGAAAUUACUGCCGUUACCUUUCGUGGGCCAAGUGACACUCACCUAGACAGUCUUGUGGGCCAAGCAUUGUUUGGUGAUGGUGCUGCUGCUGUUAUAAUUGGUGCAGACCCCGUGCCCGAGAUCGAGAAGCCCUUAUUUGAACUAGUCUCAGCGGCCCAAACAAUCUUGCCAGACAGUGAUGGUGCUAUUGAUGGUCAUCUUCGUGAAGUUGGGCUCACAUUUCACCUCCUCAAGGAUGUUCCAGGGCUUAUUUCCAAGAACAUAGAAAAGAGCCUAGUUGAGGCAUUCCAGCCUUUGGGCAUCUCAGACUGGAACUCCCUUUUCUGGAUUGCUCACCCUGGUGGCCCAGCAAUAUUGGACCAGGUAGAAGCCAAGUUAGCCCUCAAGCCAGAAAAGUUACGAGCCACCAGGCACGUUCUUUCAGAGUAUGGUAAUAUGUCAAGUGCUUGUGUGCUAUUCAUAUUGGAUGAGAUGAGGAAGAAGUCAAGAGAAGAUGGGCUUCAGACCAGUGGAGAAGGGCUCGAGUGGGGAGUCCUGUUUGGAUUCGGACCUGGGCUCACAGUUGAGACCGUGGUGCUCCACACUAUCCCUGCUUGAACAGACUCCAAAUUCUAAUUGACCCUCGGUUCCACUUCCCCUGCAUUUUAUUUUAUUUUUAGUUUAUUUUUAAUUUUAAUCCCCUUUGGAUUUGUAUGGUUAUUGUGAGAGAGCCAAACUCUCAGAUGUUGUGGUGGGUGUGUUGUGUGUUGUAGACUGGAAGCUUAACGCCUAUAGAAUUCAUGUACCAACUUAUGUUAUGGAAUAAUAAAUCCUCAUUUCACCAUUGCCU